CGAGAGUACACGAGGCGAACCAGUUCGCUGUCGACUGCGUUCGGAACAGGACGUGUGUCGACUCACAUUGAGUUUGUUGCUUAAACAUAGACUCGCGAAACUUCUUUAAACAUCGCAUUCGUUCAAACGGAAUUUUGGGAUUACCAGGAUCCAACCAGUUUUGUUUUAUACGUGUCGAGAUUUGUGGAUCUAUACUACGAGGGAAAAGGAAAAAGUGUAUUUGUGCGUGAGGGUGCGUGAAUCGAGGAAGGAACCGGUGAAGUGCCGGUGGUCUAUAAGAAGAAAAUGACCGAUCACGUGGUGGAAAGUACGUUCGAGCUUUCAGCUUUCAUGAAAGCCGGUGUUAUGGCGGGUUCCGAAAGAGAUAGCGGCUCUUGCAGUAGUGUCGACGAGGACAGUAGAUCGAGCCUGCAUUCGCCUACUUCGUCUGAGGACAGUGUCGAAGUACAGGUAAUACCAAUUUCGUUGCGAAACAAGCGAAAACUGGCGGAGCCACGAAAAAUCCAAGAACCUGCAGUCAUCGCAGCGCCAUUGAAGAAGAGACGGUUUGAUCCUAUUUCCGAGGAGACGACCGUGGAUCAAGAGGAGACCAGGUCGCUGAAUACACCGAAUCCUUUUCGACCAUGGAUUCCUGCUUCCUAUAAAAAUGAAUCCAAGACAAUCGUGACUUCGUCAAUGAUAAUGUCGACGAAUACGACUUCCAAUACCACGACAACAACAACUGCGACGUCGACGACAACGACAUUGUCCAGCGAGAGAGAAGAAGAAGAAGAAAGGAGGAGAGAGCAAGAUGAGACGACGCAGAGGCUGCACGAAUCAUUCAGAAGACUACAACAUCCUUCCGGUCACAAUCGAUCAGCUGUUUCAUCUCGACGAGAGUCUCGUCAGAGGUUGUUCGAGCCGGUAGCACCAACAUCUGCAACGAUAACGUCUCCGUCGAACACGAUCUCUCUACCGCAUCCUAGGCUGCAGGACGAGCCUUUAUCUUUGGUGGUGAGAAACGAGGCACCCAGAGUGCCGUCACAUCCCGCUGUAAGUGGCUCCUACGAGAAGACGCCAUCGUACAUGAUGGAACACUUGUUAGCAGCUUCGUCCGAUCAGAAUCAUCAAAAUCAUCAGACUCAUCAAAGUCAACAAAAUCAUCAGAGUCAUCAAGUGGCUCCCACGACAUCGAGACACCAUCAUCAGGGCGGUCAGCAGAGAAAUUACAAGAACAUGACGAGGGAGAGACGGAUAGAAGCGAACGCUCGAGAAAGAACUAGAGUGCAUACCAUCAGCGCGGCCUUUGACACGUUAAGACGAGCAAUACCUGCGUAUUCACAUAACCAGAAGUUGUCGAAGCUAUCUGUACUGAGGAUUGCCUGCAGUUACAUCAUGACGCUGAGCAAGAUUCUCGGUAAGGACGGCGAAGUGACGGCCGCAAAAAGUAACGGCCUUGCAGGUCUGAGUAGUUGUGUAGAGUUGGUCUCCAGGACCAUUCAGACAGAGGGCAAACUCAGAAAGCGGAAAGAAGACUGAACGAAUCACGUUUUCACCUGAACAACGGAAACAACAUUGGAAUGGUGGACAAUGGAAUCUAUAACAGAAACAGCGGGAGAUGUUCCGCACUGUCAAACGCUUAUACGUCUUUUAUUCUCAAUGCCAUGGUUGGGGGGACGGGAGAAUGACGUAAGGUUAAGUAACCUAAGCAACUAAUCAUCGCCGGUUUCUAUGCUAAGCGUAUUAAUUC